AUGGCCUCCGUUGAGAACAUAGAAGAUGGCAGCCUUCCGUCUCCAACUGAGAAUACUGUGGUGACAGAAACAGAAACAGAAACAAAGCCGGAAACGAACAAAGCCGAUGAAACUGCAGCAGAGGAAACUCCACCACAUCUUGCCUCAGCACCUGCUCCAGAUGCUUCCAGCCAAGCCGAUGAAAAGAGACCAUCUGAUGCUUCGUCAAUUGUAGACCCUCAAGGCGAAAGUGAACAAAAUACACAGGAACCUGGAGCUUCGCCAGAUGUUAACAUCGGAAAUUCGAAAGGUGCUAAAAUCCUUUUGAAUCGCUUUUCCAAUUGGAAAGAAACGACGAAGCAGAAGGGUCAAGAAUUUUUGAAAGAACAAGGACCAACGAUUCAGGAAAAGGCCAAUCGUGUAUGGAAACAGGCUCCAUCCAUUCCUAGAUUUCCUCCCGUACCCAGAACGACACCUUCGAAAUCAGAAGAUGCGGCAAAGAUGUUUGUUAACAUGUCCACUGAUGCGCCUGACAAGGAGAAAACAGAAGGCACCGCAAAUAGCGCUGGAAACGAGACAGAUGUCAUGACAACUGAUGACAAAGCACCGGGGGGUCCUCAAAGUGAUGAUUUUGAAGAUCUGCUCAAUAUUGAAGGCAAGGUGGGCAAAGCUAUUUCCCAGGCAUCCAAGGCUGCGACCAAAGCAACCGUAGCUGCUUCAGUAGUGGCAGAAACAGUGACUACCAACUUUCGUGGGCGUUAUAAUGCUGGAAAGUCGGAAGAAGCAGAAGAAAAACAAGAAGAGGAGAAAGUUCUAUCACAUCCCUCUCGAACUCUUCCUGAAUCGCAAACUGAAUUGAUCCUGAAAAGUCGAGUAGGGGAACACAUGCAAGAAAUAAUAGACAAUUUGGAACCGCAUCAGUUCGCAAUGCUACUGGGGCGUGGAAUGCUCGGGACAAACUUGAAACAAUGUUACCUGAAAAAUCACGGUGUCUAUGUGGACUAUCUAGUAGCAGGAGGCCAAGCCGAGGCUUCUCGAAUCAUCCGAAGUGGUGACUUGCUUGUGAAACUUGGAGAUGUCGACUUGCGGAAACAAACAAUUGUUCAAAUACCAAAAGAAAUUGCCAAGUCUCGCCGCCCAGCCGUCUUGAUUCUUUCCCAAGGAACUCCUGUUCCUGUUGAGCGUAUGAACUACUUGGAUAUCGCCGUCGCGAUGAUGCACCGGGCAAGAUAUGUGUCCAGAAAGAAGGGUGCGGAAGGUGACAAUAAGGAUGCUGUUUGUGAAAACCCUGUUCCUGUGGAAGACAGUAACAACGCAUUUUUGACGCCACCCGCACCAACGAUGGAAUUGAGAAAAGAGUUUGAAAAAGAAGUGACACUAAGAUGCAAUGAUGAUUUUGACAUGGAGGAGUUGCUUCAAGUGGCUAGUGAAGAUGACAAUUUCAGAAAUGCUGUUCGGAAUGCCUUCUUGACUUGCGCAUUAGACAGCCGCCGUCUUUCGUUCCUCGUUCGUCACUUAUCCGAUAAUGGCGAAGUCGAUGAUAAUGGUCCGGAAGGAAGCUUGGGACCAAAUGCGCAAUUUAUGCUCUUCUUGGAGCUAGUGUCUUUCUUGGAUCUCUAUCAUCUGACUCCUCCGGCCCGCUUGAAAGAGAUGACUAGUCGAAUCGCCUACAAAUUCUUCCUUCCAACAUCGAUUGGUUCUGGUCUUCAACCUCCAUUAUUUGACUUUCACACCAUUGUUCCUGAUUCAUCAUUAAGACAUCUCGAAUUUGUCCUCGGCGGCAAAACACCGAACCAAUCGAUCCCAAAGGAUGUCUUCCUUGACUUCCUGAAAGCAGUGGUAGAUUCCUUAACUGGGGCCCCUUUCCUAUCGUUCUUGAAUUCAAAUCAAUGCGCACGCAUGAGGGCAUUCAUGAGGAACACUGCCCCUUAUGUGAAUCUGCCUCUAGGGAAAUUGGUUGAUGAUCUUGUGAGCAAGUCGAAAGAACCAGGCGCAAGAAACUCCUUCUCCUACAUUAUUGUUUUCUUGCUUUAUCAAUUGGAGAAAGAGCCGAUCGGAGAGCACAGGUUCUCCAAGGAAGAAGUGGAAAGCAAGCGCAUCGUCGGUGCUCCCAACGAUAUCUGUUGUUCAAUUUUCAUCAAGAGAGCCUUUGUACCAGAACUGAAGGCGAUGAAGGAAUCAUUUGAAUCCAAGAAGGCGCUUGAUGAUAAUGACACAAAAAGAAUAGUUGCUCUUUGCAAGAAAUUCUGGGAUAUUUACGUCUCCGAAUUGUCUGAAUUAUCUGCAAAGUGCAUUGAAGUGGAAAAAUCACACAGCAAAGUCAGAUCGAUUCUGGAGGAAAGUGUUAAGAAAUCAGCAAAAGCAGGAUCUACUUUUGCCGAAUCCAUUUUGACAUCUGGUAUCAUUGAAGAGGUAACCACCUUGGCUGACGAACUACUGUACAAUUAUGCUUCGAAUAGUCACACCAAGUUCCGUGAACAUAAAGUUCAUGAACUGUUGUGCAAUGAGCUUGCAAAAGGAUUUUCGAACCAUUCAUUGUUUUCAAACAAACAGGAAAUUCCAAACCUUCCUCAAGGUUGCAUCAAGCGCUUAUUGAGAAAAGCUGAAUUUCCAGAUGGUGUUUCUUCACAUAAACCUUUCAAGGCUCCAACGAGCGAAGGUUCCAGUGAAAAACCAUACCCAAAUGCCCAAUACGCUGUCAUUUUUGGAACUGCCAUCGGACCGGCACUUGCGUCACAAAUGCCAGUGCCUGGUAUCGAGUCUUCGGAUAUUCGACGCUAUGCUUGUCUGCCAGUUUCUCUUGACAAAGAGGUGAAGAUGGAUUCAUUGCUGGACGCAGAUUCAAUUCUCCCUCCUACAUUCGAGAGUUAUGCGGUCGUUCCGCAAAUGAAAAUCAUGCCUUUCUCCAAGGCUUCCAAUGGAACGAGAAUAAGCUCGGAUGGAUGGCAAGUAUCGUUGGUGUCGUUUGUUAUUCCAAAUGCAGAGUCAUCUGCCAGCGACCCCGCAGAAUCUUCCCUUUAUGGAGUAUCUCUUGUUUUCGUCAAGGAUUCAAUGGAGAGCAAAGAGAAAGUAAGUCCCAUCCGCACAGAAUUCGUUGUCAACGAGGCAAGUGGAGAAGGCGGAAGCGAGUCCCCCAUCAGUUUUGCUUCCGAGGGGAAGGCCGAUGAAAGUACAGCUGGUGGUGGAAAGAGUACUGCACUUCGACAAGUGAAGGUGUCCUCAGCCCUUCCAGUUCUGAAUGAGAAGAUGAAGGAAGAACCUUGGCACGUGCGCAUUGAAAAGGAUGAGUACCACAAUCCAUCCAAUCCCACUACAAUUGGUCUAGCACUUGUGUGCAACCGGAACGUAAUUUACGCCAUGAGAGAUACGCUGUCAAGACUUUUGUUUGACUUUUCCAAACAGCCUGGAACUUCUGGUGGCCCUGUGGCUACGCUUUCUUGCCAAGGACUCAUUGAUGUUCUUGGUGGAUUCUCGCACAAAGAUAUCGAAAGCGCAUCGCUUUUGCGCAUUCUCGAACCACAUCUAAAGGGUGCCAAUGCUUCCUGGGUCGACCGACCGAUCACUGAUCAAUCAAGGGCGUUUAAAGAUCAAGCAGUGCGACAACUUUCCGAUUGCCUUCCGCCGACGCCCUUGGCCCUCAUGUUCGCGACCGCUCUGUUGGAGCAAAAGAUUAUAUUGUCAUCAAGUCGACGAAGCGUUUUGCAUGCUGCAACUACAGGUUUGUGUGCAAUGCUGGAGCCAUUGGAGUGGAGUCACCUGCUAGUUCCUCUAGUCCCAUCAACGCUUGCUGUCGACUUGAUUCAAUAUCCAGCUCCUUUCAUACUUGGUGUCCCAUCUGGAGAUGCUGACAAUGGGGAGCUUCUCGGAAACCUCCCUGAGGAUGUCACUCUGGUAGAUUUGGAUGUUGGCCGGGUGAUCUUGGCCCCAGCAUUUGGAAAAGACAAUGAAAUGGUGCGCAAGUCAACGGACGUUGAAGCCACUGCAAAGGCUCUUCGAUCCCAAAUCUUGUACCUUGCACAUUCGCUUGGUACUCUAUUUGGAGGUGCUCUUCGGCCCAACACGUGGGGCUGCGAUGCUCCUUCUCUAGGAAAUGGCGAAAGCGAGGGAACCUCAGUCGAGCGCUUGCUCUCCAUGUCGCACCGUUUCAUUAAUGAAAUCUUGACGGGUGUGCCUUCGUGCUGCUUUUGGAUCGAAGAAGCUACUCAGAACUACAACACAUCCACUGAACCAACUGUUCUAUUUGACGAAGACCGCUUCUUUGCUAUCAAGACUCGCCGAUCUACUAUCGCAAACAAGGGCUUGUUUCAAGCAGAAGAUACAGAUGGUGACUUGGCUCUCAAUUUGGACGACUUUGAUUUGAUUUUGGAAAGCUUUCUGAGAUGUCAGAGCAUGAGCACCUACAUUAGCUCCAGACCAAAGUCGGACAUGGUUUACUGCUAA